AUGACUUGGACGGAGCAGGUCCAGAGCAACCGGCUGCAGGUGGCGCGUGCGCUGGGCCCAAAGCCCUCCAAGCGUGGCCUGGGCCCGCCCCCACCCUCCCCGCCCUCCAACAGCGGGCUGGGCAGCAUCGCAGUGGUGGCAGCCCUGCUGGGCGGCGCCCUGUACUGGAGCAAGGAGGGGCACAAGCUGCGCGAGCGGCGCCUGCCGCCCUUCCUGGAAAAGCUGCGCAGCCUGAUGACGGGUGGCAUGGGGAGAAGCACCGGCUCACGGCGUCACACACCCACCGGCCCAGCGGCAGCGCAGCUGCAGGCGCAGGCCCAAGAGUGGCGGCAGCAGGCACCCCGCUCGCUAGCAGCGGCUGCCGCGGAGCAGCGUCACCAGCAGCAACGACAGCAGCAGCAGGCGGCCGGGCCCAAUCCUAGCAGCGGCGGCGGUGGCGGAUCCCAUGAAUCUCGGGCAGCCCCCUUUGUGAUCGCAGCGGGCGAUAUCCAGCCCGGGGCAAGGGGCAUGCCGCAACCCCGAGCUCAAGCGGGAGGCAGUCAGCGCAGCAAGACACCCGCAGUGCAUAACAAGCUUAAAAAGCUGGGAUUGUUAGACAGUCGCUCGCCCGGCAAGGCCAAGCAGCUCACGUUUGAGCUCUUCUUCCCGCGGCCCCCCUACCGCGGCGCGCAGUACCGCGCGGCGCGCGGCAAGGAUGCCCUGUACAACUUUGUGGGCCUGGUGCUCGGCCACGGCGGCGCCACGGUGCAGCGCAUACAAAAGGCCUCUGGGGCCAAGGUGGAGGUGCGCGACUCAGCGGGCAACCUGAACGGCGCGCACCCCUCCUCGCACGGCGACCCCAGCCUGCACGCCUGGGUGGCGGCCGCCAGCCGGCAGCGCCUGGACAAGGCGGUGGCGCUGCUGCUGGAGGUGCUGCAGCCCACCAACACGCGGCUCAGGGGGGUGGCGGUGCAGCCGGGCGGCUCGGUGGUGCUGGAGCCUGUGAUCCCCAGCGACUGGCCAGAGGCGAGCGAGGGCGAGGCGGCCGCGGCGGGCGAGGCGGCCGCGGCGGCGGGUGAGGCGAGCCCCCGGCAGCCUGCGGCGCCUCCGCCGCCGCCGCCGCCGCCCGCCAACGCGUGGGCCACCAACCGGCUGCAGCUGAAGCAGCACCCGGAUGGGCGCCAGAUGUCUCCCGUCUCCUCGCUGGCUCGCGGCCAGGGCGAGGCCGCCGUGGCCGACAGCACCACCAGCAGCGAGGCGGAUGAGGCGGAGGCGGAGGCGCAGGCAGAGGCAGAGGCAGAGGCAGAGGCGCCGCUGACACCAGAGAAGCUGGCGCCGCCGCCGCCGCCGCCGCCGCCGCCGCCGCGCAGCCCAACCCCGUCCACGCCCUGCGCGUCUGCCGAGCGCGCACCAGCGCCCGAGCUGAGCACCACCGGCAGCCUGGCGGGAAGCAGCACCGCGCUGAGCUGGUCGCUGUGGGACCAGAGCAGCUGCGGGUCCAGCUUCUAUGAGCAGCUGCAGGCGGCAGCCUCCGACGGCUUCCCAGGGGCCAGCAGGACCAGCUCCUCGCAGCUUCCGUCGCCGGUGCCUGGCGGCAUCGCGCCGCAGCACCUGACCCCCGUCCCAGCGGCGCCCGUGCAGGCGCCCUUCCCCGGCCUUGCGCCGCACGGCAUGGGCCUGUCGCUCGGCUUUGCACCACCCGGGCCGCCACACGCGUCACGGGCCAGCAUGGAUGCCGAGCACGAGAUGCAGCAGCUGCUGGCGGCGGUGGCGAGCAUGGCCACACAAGACGGCUGA